CCCACAAUCCUUUGCGCCCGUCAAAUACUUGCCAGUCAUUGUGUGUGUAGCGGCGCGCGCGGCCCUGCUGUUCCAGCUGAUUUAGAGUCUCGGUGUUAAAUCUUUACAUUUCUGUUCGCGGUGUUUAACGCUUUAGAGUCAUUAUGAAAGAAACAACUAAAAGACGCGAGAAGGCGAAGGAAAGCAAGGCGGAGAAGGCGAAGGAGAGCCCGGGCCCCGAGGCUCAGGAUGUGGAGAUGCCGGAGGAGGAGAGCGCUGCUGCGGCUAAACCGGCUAAAGAGCAGGACUCCAUCACGCUGGAAGAUAUUAAGGAGCACGUGAAGCAGAUUGAGAAGGCGGUGUCGGGUAAGGAGCCACGCUUCGUCCUGAGAGCCCUGCGUGCUCUGCCCUCCACCAGCCGCCGACUCAACCCCAACGUCCUCCACAAGGCCAUCUCAGGCUUCUACACGUCCAACGCUGCAGGGAAGGAGUUCCUGCUCGGCUUCCUCGAGGAGCCGAUGGACACAGAGGGAGAUGUCCAGUUCAGGCCUCGUACUGGUAAAGCAGCAGCUGCUCCUCUCAUCCCUGAAGUAGAGGCGUAUCUCCAACUGCUGCUGCUCGUCUACCUCAUCAACAACAAGCGCUACACUGAGGCUCAGAAGGUAUCAGAUGAGCUGCUGCAGAAGAUCAGCUCUCAGAACCGCAGGGCUUUGGACCUGGUGGCAGCAAAGUGUUAUUAUUAUCACUGUAGAGUGUACGAGUUCCUCAACCAGCUGGACACAGUGCGCAGCUUCCUGCACACACGCUUGAGGACAGCUACGUUACGUCACGACUCGGACGGUCAGGCCACGCUGCUCAACCUGCUGCUGAGGAACUACCUGCACUACAACCUGUACGACCAGGCCGAGAAACUCGUCUCCAAAUCAGUCUUCCCUGAACUUGCUAACAACAACGAGUGGGCUCGCUACCUCUACUACACCGGACGGAUCAAGGCCAUCCAGCUGGAGUACUCGGAAGCCAGGAGAACUCUGACUAACGCACUGCGUAAAGCUCCACAGCACACCGCUGUCGGCUUCAAACAGACCGUCCAUAAGUUGUUGAUAGUGGUGGAGUUGUUGCUUGGAGAGAUUCCUGACAGACUGCAGUUCCGCCAACCUUCUCUCAAACGCUCCCUCAUGCCCUACUUCCUCCUCACUCAGGCGGUGAGGACCGGGAACCUGGCAAAGUUUAAUCAGGUUCUGGAUCAGUUUGGAGAGAAGUUUCAGACUGAUGGAACAUACACACUCAUCAUCCGCCUGAGACACAAUGUGAUUAAGACAGGCGUGAGGAUGAUCAGCUUGUCGUAUUCGCGGAUCUCUCUGGCUGACAUCGCUCAGAAACUGCAGCUGGACAGUCCUGAGGAUGCAGAGUUCAUUGUGGCAAAGGCGAUCCGUGACGGUGUGAUCGAGGCGAGUAUAAACCAUGAGAAGGGUUACGUCCAGUCCAAGGAGACGAUGGACAUUUACGGCACCCGGGAGCCUCAGCUCGCCUUCCACCAGCGAAUCUCCUUCUGUCUGGACAUCCACAACAUGUCUGUUAAGGCCAUGAGAUUCCCACCCAAGGCCUACAACAAGGACCUGGAGUCUGCAGAGGAACGCAGGGAGCGGGAGCAGCAGGAUCUGGAGUUUGCUAAAGAAAUGGCUGAGGAUGAUGAUGACAGUUUCCCAUAAAUCAAACUGAAACCUGAUUUCUUCUUCUCCUUCACCAUCUUCUCCUCCUUCUUCUUCUCCUUCACCAUCUUCUCCUCCUUCUUCUUCUCCUUCACCAUCUUCUCCUCCUUCUUCUUCUCCUUCACCAUCUUCUCCUCCUUCUUCUUCUCCUUCACCAUCUUCUCCUCCUUCUUCUUCUCCUUCACCUUCUUCUCCUCCUUCUUCUUCUCCUUCACCUUUUUCUCCCCCCCCCAUUCUUCUCCUUCUCCUCCUCGUCCUUCUUUUGUUUUGUUUUCUAUUUUAAAAAUCCACAUUUCCACUCUGUUUGUUGUGUAUGAAGCGUUUGGUCUGUAGCGUACUGCUUUUCUGUCUGGAUUUAAUAAAAAAUUCUGAUGUCCACAAUAUUUAGGAUGAUUAAAUCGGACAUUUGUUCAGCACGAACUCUGAACAGAAUGCAGUGUUCACUGCUGGGAAACUAAAUCAGAUAUUUAUUAGAGAUUAUGUAGAUGAACUGGUAAUUCCUGCUGGAAGACCUUACAUCUUUAAUCCAAUGUCCUGAGCGAAGCCCUGCAUGAUGACGGUCAGUGAAACAUCCUGGUCAUUCACUUCAUCAUGAAAUAAUCAGAUCUUUAUUAAUGAAUGAUUGGUAUAAUGAGUUAUUCUGGUCAAACUUCAAGACUUGAUUUGUUCAGGAUUAUUUCAUGAUGAAAAAAAAAAGUCUUCUACACUAUCGUUAUGAAAUCUCCGACCUGGUCAGUCGACAGUUAACGAAGAUCUUAACUAUAGAACUGUAGAGUUCAUUACUCAUCUCUACUUCCACUUCUAAUAUUUACUCUGAACUUGUGAAGAGUUAUUAAUAAAGUACAGGAUGUAAAUAUUCAUCAUAUCCUGACCUCAUGGGGUAAAAGUCCAGUCCUUUUAUGGUCAAGAUGAGGCUGAUGAAGUUCAUCAUUCAUUCUGUGUAAUCUCUAAUAAAUCCCUGUCUGUGGGUUCGUCACGAGGGAAAGUGAGACGUUUCAACUCCCUGACAGUCUGAACAGUGUAACCAAGUAAAGCUUCAUCAUGAGGAUGAUGAGGCAGGAUGAUGAUGAUGAAGCGACACAGACAUGAUCAUUCAGUGCAGAAAUAAAGUUGCUUUUUUUUAAUGAAAA